GGGGCAAAUAUAUGUGGGUUAGUUAAAAACCUUCACCCCACCCCUUCACUAAUCAAGGGCCAAGCCUUCUCAAGACUGAUAACCACCUGGACUCAUGGUCUGACAUAUUCCAACUGGAAGGCCUUAGGAAAGAAGCCCAUGUGACUGUAACAGCUAUUGGCAAGUGUGAUUUGGUUGGUUCUUCUCAGAAAGGUCCCCGGUAUGGAAACUGCCUACCUGAAGAAGAGCUUUGGAAACAGCCUGACCCAGGCACUGGCAGAGGUGGCAAGAGUGCGCCCUAGUGACCCAAUAGAAUACUUGGCUCAUUGGCUUUACCACUAUAGGGAUGUGACUAACGCUAAAGAAAAGGAAAAGCAAGAAGACCUACAGCUAAAAGAGGAGCACGACAGAAGCCUCCAGGAAGUGAAAAUGACCGAAAUGCAGAAACAAGAGGAAUAUCAGACUCAACAGGAGUGUGAAAAGUGUCACCAGGAUCUGCUCCCUGAAGCACUUUCCUCAAACAAGACCCCAGCCCUGCAGAAAGACACUACCCCUCUUGAGGAGGAGACCAGGAGACAGGAAUCUCCACCAGGUGUCUCCAGGGUGAUUGCAGAAACGCCUCAACGGGUUUUUACCUCUUGAGAAAAUGGCCUGCAAGAGGAGCUCUCUCCUCAGCUAGGAAUGAAGAGUCUGAGGCGGAGGCUGGCGUGUACAGAUGCUCUGGUCUGCUAACCAUGAAUACGUUUAAUCAAGUGACAUUUUAGCUAUUGGAUAAAAAUGAACCCAGACCACAGAUUAAAUACAAUAA